CAGUCUGCCCUUCGCCUCAGAGCAGAGGCAGUUCGGGUCCCCGCAGCAUUGAACGUAGUCGAGGAGGUACAGUACAGAGACUGUCACCGCCAUUAUUGCUCACUUACGCUCAUUUCAAGACGGAAACUUUCACCAAAAAAAGAAACAAACAGGUCAACGAAAGCGGCAACAGUUUGAAACUUGAAGUCUUUUUGGAAAUCCUAAGAGACGAGAAGAAACUUUUAAUUUUUUUUUUUUUCUGGCGUCGUUUUUGAGGAGUUGCGCAAAAAAAAAAAUAUCCAAGGCAAAAAUAUUGUUAAAAAAAAAAACAGGUUCGAGACGGUUGAAGGAGGAGAAAAAGAGAACGAAAGGUUAAUAUUUCCGCGCCACAAGUCCAACAAGGGAAAAAGGGUACCUGCUGCGUGCAGUUGCAUGGCUAAUCUCAUCGGCCAAAAAGACCUCCGCUAGUUAUAAUAAAUAGAUGUGAUAACUUCAGUGUUGGACCAUCUUCAGCCCUACACUUUUACUCGACAGUGACUUGAGAUUCCUGCGAAGCAAUUGGGCUUCAACUCCGCACCGAGGAGGCGGAGUCUUAAGUUAUUAAAAGGAACUUGCUGAGGCUCGGACGCCCGCAAAUAUGAUGAUGAUGUCUCUGAACAGCAAGCAGGCUUUUGCCAUGGCCCACUCAAGCUUGCCCGAACCCAAGUACUCUUUGCAUUCCUCCUCGUCCUCCACCUUGACUUCCAAUGCACCCUCGUCGUGCUCGUCCUCCCGACACAGCAGCACCAUCAUCAGCAGCAGCGGCAGCAGCUCGGAGGCGAUGCGCAGAGCCUGUCUCCCAAACCCACCGAGCAAUAUAUUCGGAGGCUUGGAUGAGAGUCUGUUGGCCCGAGCUGAAGCUCUCGCGGCGGUGGAUAUAGUCUCGCAGACCAAGAGCCACCACCACCCUCCACAUCACAGCCCCUUCAAGCCGGACGCCACCUACCACACCAUGAACACUCUGCCCUGCACCUCGUCGUCCUCCUCCUCGGUGCCUAUUUCUCAUCCGUCCGCCCUGUCUGGCCACCACCAUCACCACCACCAUCACCACCACCACCAGCCCCACCAGGCGCUGGAGGGGGACCUGCUGGACCACAUCACCCCAGGACUGGCGCUGGGAGCCAUGGCUGGGCCGGAUGGCUCGGUGGUUUCCACGCCUGCGCACCCUGCCCACAUGGCGGGCAUGAACCACAUGCACCAGGCUAUCAACAUGGCACAUGUCCACGGGCUACCAUCGCACAUGGGCAUGAGCGACGUGGACGCUGAUCCCAGGGACUUGGAAGCGUUCGCGGAACGAUUUAAACAGAGACGGAUCAAACUCGGGGUUACCCAGGCGGAUGUAGGGUCAGCUUUAGCCAGCCUGAAGAUACCUGGGGUGGGCUCCCUCAGCCAGAGCACCAUCUGCCGAUUCGAAUCUCUCACGCUUUCUCACAACAACAUGAUCGCUUUGAAGCCUAUCCUGCAAGCAUGGCUGGAGGAAGCGGAGAAAUCACACAGGGAGAAACUUAACAAACCCGAGUUGUUCAACGGCGCAGAGAAGAAGCGAAAGCGCACGUCGAUAGCCGCGCCGGAGAAGAGAUCACUGGAGGCCUAUUUCGCCAUCCAGCCGCGUCCCUCCUCGGAGAAAAUCGCAGCGAUCGCAGAGAAACUGGACCUGAAAAAGAACGUAGUGCGGGUCUGGUUUUGCAACCAGCGACAGAAACAGAAACGGAUGAAAUACUCUGCAUGCGUCUAAGAAUCGCUUUAAACCAACACCCACUUAAAGACUUGGGAACUGCUUAAAGACGAUUUGUACCAUAUGUCCUAUCACACCUUUUUUUCAAUCGUCGAUGACUUUGUGCUUUGAACUUCGAAAAAUUCAUAAAAUUGAACUAAUGACUGAAAAAAAUAACCCCAGUCACGUCUUUUACUCGCUGAGAGGGGAUACAUGGAGUCAAGUUGAAGCAUCGUUUGAAGAGCAAGUAAGAACACUGUUUCCACACUUACUAUGCUUCACCUUUUUACUGACUUACAGGACUCUGCUUUCAUUUUUACUUACAAUUCAUUUCAAAUGAGGCCAACUUCAUUUUUGCGUAGGCAGCAACACCCCCCACCCCCCCAAUGAAAAUGGUUCUUUUUCACACAGCGGGGCUAUAGUUGAACUCAAAGCACUUGGUUUGGUGACUCUCUUUGGUGUUUAUAUUUUGUGGCUUAUAGGAUAAGCUACAAUUUUCCCUCCGAGUUCGUGACGAUGCAGUCUGACGUUUAUUCAGGGUCCACGAGGGGGGUUUAAAGGGACAACAUCCAAGCUAAUAUUAAAUUACUGCCAAAAAAAGCCCUUUGUAAAUGAAUAAUUUGUCACACACUUCAUUUGUGUCUAAAUGUGUAAUUAAUGCCACUUAUUUUGUUACCAUGUUUAAACAAAGUCAGGGAUCUAUUUUUAAGAUAGGCUACCCAGAUUGGGGCUAAGGUAUAGGGUUUGUUUGUUUUUCUUAUCGUUAUUAUUAUGAUAAUUAUUAUUAUGAAUCCCCAUUAUGUUGAGAUAAAGACAUAGUGCGUCACUUGUAAGGAUUUCUAAGAUUUUCGCUAUUAAAAAAAUAUGAUUUCUCGCCGGCUGCAAUAAGUUUACACUCCAGCGUGGGCCGGUGUCUUAUGAACUAUUUAUUGAGUGAGGUCAUGUUUACUUCAUUAUAUAUUUAUUGGGAUUCCCCCUCCCUCCUCGUUUUGCCUGAGAAAAUCAAAUUCUGACAGCAAGUAAAGCGUGUUGUUCUGCUUUUAAAAGGGAAACGACUGUGAAAUUUUACAGUCACAAAUUUUAGUUUGGAACAUUUGAGAUGGUACAAUCGAGAUAUAUAUGAGAUAGUAUUCUCUUUUUUAAAAUUAUUUUGUGUACGUUUUCUGCUAUUUAUUUGUAUAAAUAUACGCGUAUCAUUAUGAAGUCGUUGCUUGUUAAAAAAAAAUCACCUUGUUUAAGUAAAAUGUUUUUUCUUGAAGAGAAAAGAAAACAGCUUCAUGGAAGUAUACGUGUACAAUGUAAAUAUUUCAUUGGAACCAGUCGAUGCACAUAAAUAUAUCCGUACAGGUUUUUGCUGUAUUGCUGUUUUAGCUGAGGUAAACUUAUUUCUGUAAUGUAUGUUGCUUUUUUUGGUUCCCUGGUUAAAUUAUUCUAUUAAUUUAUGACAUCCAUGUAAUUUUAAUUUAUUUAAUUAUUGAACUGCAAUAUGUGUUUCAUUAAAGAACAAACUUUAACAUUUAA